AGUCGUUGAGAACAGGCGAGUUGGAGCCGGAGCGGCGAAGCAGCCAGAGAGUGCGAAUCCAUGGAUGGGAGAAGCGAUAAUUUGAGCACGAGGCCUUCAACUCUCCGCUGGAAAAUCCUUCGCCGUGCUCUUCUUCGUCGCCCUGCAUCUCCUCCAGAUAACCAAUCCCAAUUGGACAUUGAAAAGGUAUCAAGAAAGGCGAGUCAGGGUUUCAAUUUGAUACCCUGCAGCUUGCUGGAAAAUUGUUCAGAAGACAAGUCAGAUGCUCUCUUAAGAAAGGACACCACGUGCAGCUCAAGAGACACUCUUCUUUGCUAUACUUUGCCCCUUCCCAAUUCUCCCCAACUUGCCGUUCACCAGAGAGUGAAUGAUAUUUUGGAUCUAAAUGACUUUCAGAUCUGUAACGAAUGUAAUAUUGACAACACCGGACUUGUUUGUCAAUGGCCAUCCGAGGAUGUCCUUGCCUACUACUGCUUGUCACAUACCGACAUGUUCAGGCAUAAAAGAGUAAUUGAACUUGGAUCAGGAUAUGGCGUGGCUGGCUUAGUGGUUGCAGUAGCCACAGAUGCACUAGAAGUGGUAAUCACUGAUGGGAAUCCUCAGGUUGUUGAUUAUAUACAGCGAAGUGUUAUUACCAAUUCAGGCGUGUUCGGCAGUACAGUGGUUAAGUCAAUGAUUCUACAUUGGGGUCAGGAAAAUGUCUCUGAUAUUUCCAGUACUUUUGAUUACAUUAUUGCAAGUGACUGCACUUUCUUCAAGGAAUUCCAAGAAGGGCUGGCUGAAACCAUCAAGUUAUUGUUAAAGAAAGAGGGUCCUUCUGAAGCUCUACUAUUUUGCCCUAAAAGAGGUGAUUCAUUGGACAAGUUUCUUGGAAAGGUUAAAAGCAUUGGAUUGAGUUUUAGCACUGAAAUUAAAUAUGACUCUGAAAUUUGGAGGCGUCAUGAGAGAUUCGUAGAUGGCGAUGAAUCCUGGCCCAAUUACGAAAUGGAUCACUGCUAUCCUCUACUGGUCAGAAUCACGCGGUAAAAGGUCAACACAUGGAGGAGAGAGCUACAAUCAAACAAAUUGAAUUGAAAAUAAAGUUGGUCAAACCUCGUAAGCAGAAACAGGAACAAUGUUUUACGACGGAGGGAGUAGUAAAUUGACGGCCUACCAUUGGAUAGAGCUACAAGUUCAGCAACCUCGGGACGCAUGUAAAUUUAUUUUUUUCCCUAUAAAUAGGCAUGUAAAUUUACAAAUAACACAAGUCUUUCACCGUAGGAAGAGGCCAAUGAGGAUCUUUUGCAAAAGUGCAAAAACAAAUUGAUCACUAAGCUGAACAGUCAAUCUAAAAAUAGUAUUAAAAUAAAAAUGAGCCGGAAAAUAGAUACGUCUCUUCUUUUGAAUUAAAAUUUACUUCGUUCAAAAGAACUGAAAAUGGUAGAAUUGAACUUCUAUUCGAAUAAUUUUGUUAAGACUGGCAAGUAAAAAGUGGUAAGCUUAAGAGAAAACAAUUUGGAAAAAAAGAAAAAAAGAUAUGCCCAGUAUUACAAUAUACAAAUUAAAAAGAACUUUUGCCAACUUAGUUUAGUGUGACGUGUGCAGUAUCCCAAGCUGCAACUCCAUUGUAAUCACUAUGAGGAACUCGAGCUGCUGCUGCUCUUGUGAUUUUGGUUACCAUUUCAAUUACCAGAUUUAAACCCAGAAGAAUCAACGCCGCCUGGAUCAGAAGCGUCAUUGGUUUGAACUAUCUGGCCGUCCGCGGGAACAAGAUGAGGAACCCCAUCCACUAUCUGAUUCAACCAUAGUAUAAACCAGAAGAUAACAUAGUGACAAGUUGCAAAAAAAUUGCAUAAAUGGUACCAUAGUCAACUCCAUAUGUAUUGUAGCUAUUCUUUGCACAGACACGCAGAGACAAUAAUUGUAGGUGCGUGUCUGCAAGAAGCAUGGGAUUAAUGGUGGUGUCGAAACUGUGGGGUUACCCUAGCACAGCUCAUUCCAGAAUCGGGAUGGGGAUGUUGUUGGGGACACCUAUUGACGGUUCAGAAACAUCUCUCGGGCAGGAUUCGAUCGUCCAUUUUGAGGAAGUGGCAUGUAGACAGUGGGGACGACUCAGAAUCCCAUAACUGAAGUCCACAUCUGUACUUCACACAACUUAAGGUUAAUUUUAAAAUGUGUUCGACCUUCUAAUUUUGCCCUUGAAAUGACAUUGAAAUGAGAGUGUGUGAGUGUAAUGUGUUAAAUGAUGGAGGAAAUAAAUGGCGGUGCGUAGAAAAAAGUAGUUGAAAAAAGAAGGGAUUUUAUAGUAUUUUUAAUGGUUUAGGUAAAUCCAAAAUAAAAUGAAACUUAAGUUUUGGG